AUGUAUCUCAAGGCCGCUGUUCUCUCCCUGGCCCUUUUGGCUGCGGAGCUCGUGGCUGGCCACGGCGUCAUUAUCAAGGCUGUUGGCGACAAUGGUCAAGGCCAGUCCGCGGGUCUCGGCAUGGACCCCAACACGCCUCGUGACAACACGCGACGCAACUCGGGUCAGCAGGAUUCCACCCGCUUCAAUGGCCCGACGGCCCGGACCGUCGGCGAGACCCUCGGGGGCGGCCCCAACGACAUCGAGUCGGGCACCCAGGCCAUCAUGGCAAUGACGGGCCAGCCACUGGCCCAGGUCAAGGCCGGUGGCACGCUGACCAUGACGGUCCACCAAGUCAACGCCGACGGCGCCGGCCCCUACUCUUGCAUGAUCAACUCGGACGCCACUGCUCAGAGCUGGCAGAAGGUAGACGUCACGACCAACCUCCCCGGCAACCGGCAAGGCCUAAACCCGCCCACCAACAAGCAAGACCAGCCUCUCAAGGUGCAGAUCCCUGCCGGCCAGCAGUGCACCGGCACCGCUGCCGGCCAGCAGAACGUCUGCAUGGUCCGUUGCCAGAUCCCGGCCCAGGCUGGCCCCUUUGGCGGCGUUGUCCCGGUCCAGAUGACCGCUGCCGCCGCCGCCGCGCCUGCCGCCGGGGUCGCCGGGACCGCCGGGACCGCUGCUGGUGCCGUUGCGGGUACUGCCGGUGCCGGUGCUGUUGGUUCCGGUAAUUCUGGUGCCGGUGUUGCUGGUGCCGGUACUGCCGGUACUGCCGGUGCCAGUGUCGGUGCUGCCGGUACUGCUGGUGCCGCCGGUGCUUCUGGUGCCGGUACUGCUGGCUCCGGUACUGCCGGUGUCGGUACUGCCGGCGUCGGUGCUGCCGGUGUCGGUGCUGCCGGUGUCGGUACUGCCGGCGUCGGUGCUGCCGGUGUCGGUGCUGCCGGUGUCGGUGCUGCCAAUUCUGUCGGCGCCGGCGCCGGCCAGAACAACAAGCGCGCUGCCUUCAUCAAGACCCGGGCUGUCGAGUUCUCUGCUUAA